ACGUCACUGGAGGAAACAGAAAGAAGAAGAAACACUGGGACAUUUUUGUAAUUAAAUUCUCACAAUUAUUUAUUCAACCCGGUUGUGGCGCGUGUGCGUUUAAAGCGCAACUUCCUCCCCUCGGUCGCGGGUGAGAGCUCUCCGUCGUCAGCCCGCACAGGAGGGCUGCCGCUGUCACCCCGCCGCUGAACUUCCUGUCAAGACACAGACGGCACGGGCGAAGAGAGAGAGAGAGCCGCUGCAGACACAACACGAAGACAGAGGGGGAGAAGGGGAACGACAUCGGAGGUUGUCCACACACACAAAAAACAAAAAGGAGCGGGGACACACUCCAGUCCACGAGGCUCUCCGGGCAAAAGAAACGGUGCCAUUGUCCUCCUGCUCGAGGGCGAGCGGAGCAGAGACAGCCCUGGUGCUCGGCUAAUUAGCCUGCGUGGGUCCCUGCAGAGAGAGAGAGCGAGAGAGAGAGGCUAGCUGCGGAGCGGCUCGGCAGGGUGUGAGUGACCGAACGCGUGAGCCCCAAAUCGGGACGUUUACCAACUGAUGGGACCGUUUAUCAGAUAGUCACCCCUCCCUCCCUCUUACCCCCCGCCGUCGGACCCCGGCUCGGAUUCACCACACAGGAGCUGUACGUCCUCGUCGGGGUUGGUGGUAGGGGGGAGGAGGAGGAGGAGGUGGAGGAGGGGUGCUGGAUCUUAAUCGCCCCCGGUCCAGCUAACUAGGCGCCCCGGUUCGGUCCCCCCUGACCCUGGCCGCGCCUGUCGGUCGCUCUGGCAGACCCUAGCCGACACCGAACAUGGCAGGGAACCUGAAGAAAGGUGGGGGGCUUAUCGGAAUGAUGAAGGAUGCCUUUCAACCGCACCAUCACCACCUCCACUCCCACCACCAGCCCGGGGCCGUGGACAAAAAGACGGUGGAGAAAUGCUGGAAACUAAUGGACAAGGUGGUGCGGCUGUGCCAAAACCCCAAGUUGGCCCUGAAGAACAGCCCUCCGUACAUCCUGGACCUGCUGCCAGACACCUACCAGCACCUGCGCACCAUCCUGUCUCGCUACGAGGGCAAAAUGGAGAUGCUGGGCGACAACGAGUACUUCCGGGUGUUCAUGGAGAACCUCACCAAGAAGACUAAGCAGACCAUCGGCUUGUUUAAGGAGGGCAAGGAGCGCAUGUACGAGGAGAACUCGCAACCCAGGCGGAACCUCACCAAGCUGUCGCUGAUCUUCAGCCACAUGCUGGCCGAGCUGAAGGCCAUCUUCCCCAACGGCCUGUUUCAGGGCGACAACUUCCGCAUCACCAAGGCGGACGCCGCCGAGUUCUGGCGGCACGCCUUCGGGGACAAGACGAUUGUGCCGUGGAAGGUGUUCCGCCAGUCUCUCCACGAGUUUCAUCCCAUCAGCUCGGGGCUGGAGGCCAUGGCCCUCAAGUCCACCAUCGACCUCACCUGCAACGAUUACAUCUCCGUCUUUGAGUUUGACAUCUUCACCCGGCUAUUCCAGCCUUGGUCGUCCCUGCUGCGGAACUGGAACAGCUUGGCCGUUACUCACUCCGGCUACAUGGCCUUCCUCACGUACGACGAGGUCAAAGCCCGCCUACAGAAGUUCAUUCACAAGCCCGGAAGUUACAUCUUCCGACUGAGCUGCACCCGCCUGGGCCAGUGGGCCAUCGGCUACGUGACGGCGGAUGGAAACAUCCUCCAGACGAUCCCCCACAACAAGCCUCUCUUCCAGGCGCUCAUCGAUGGCUUCAGGGAAGGAUUCUAUUUAUUCCCCGAUGGACGGACCCAGAAUCCAGAUCUGACGGGUCUGUGUGAGCCGUCGCCUCAGGACCACAUCAAAGUCACGCAGGAGCAAUACGAGCUGUACUGUGAGAUGGGCUCCACGUUCCAGCUGUGCAAGAUCUGUGCUGAGAACGACAAGGACGUGAAGAUUGAGCCCUGUGGUCACCUCAUGUGCACCUCCUGUCUCACCGCCUGGCAGGAGUCUGAGGGUCAGGGCACAGGGUGCCCCUUCUGCCGCUGUGAGAUCAAGGGCACGGAGCCCAUCGUCGUCGACCCCUUUGACCCCAAAGACAACAGCGGGGGCUCGUGCCGGGGCCUGUUUGGGGCCGAGGGCUCCCCGUCGCCCAGCUACGACGACGACGACGACGACGACCCCCACCUCAUGAUGAGCAAACUGGCGUGCACAAAGGUGGAGCGGCCCCCGUCGCCCAUGUCCAUGGCCCCACAGUGCUCCCUCCCGCCGGUUCCGCCCAGACUGGACCUGCUGCCACACCGACCUCCCAACCCCCCCGGGGCCGGCAGCCCCGGGGUCACCAGUAAGGCAGCGUCUCACCACAAAGACAAGCCCCUCCCCCUCCCCCCGGCACUGCGGGAUCUCCCCCCUCCCCCGCCGGACCGCCCCCACGCUGCCGGCUCCGCCCCCGACGGGCGGCAGCAGAGGCGGCCUUUGCCCUGCACGCCCGGGGAGCUCCCCCCUGCGCCCCCGAACCGGCCCCCGGCUGACUGGAACUCCCGUCCCGUUCCCAAGGCGCCCAUCACCUCCUCCUCGUCGUGUUCUUCGUCUUCGUCGUCGUCGUCCUCCUCCUCGGCAUCCUCGUCCACCCAAGUCUCCGGUCUCGGGGUAGACAUCCGAGCCGGCGUCAGGGAGCUCUCCAACCGCCACUCCCUCCCCCUGGCGCUGCCGUCGGCUCUGGACACGCGGGCCGACUCGUACAAGAACAACAGCUCCCUGAGCCUGGACCAGCAGCUGAAUUUUGCGGCAGGGGCCGGUCCGGACUACGACCCGCCCAAAGUGAAGCCCUCCACCUCGGCCAACGCCAUCUACGCACUGGCUACCAGACUCUCUCCGGCCCAGAGGCCGGCGGCGGGAGAGGAGGCGGGCGACGGCGAGGAGUCCGAGUACAUGAUCCCGUCCUCUCGCCCCGUCGAGACCCCGCCGGUCCAGAGACCCCCGCAGCCUCCGCCCGCCUCCAACCUCCAGACGCCGAGGCCGGCGGCCAACCCGCGGCCGACGCCGGCUGAGCUCGAGGACGGACCCCGGAUGUAUGAAGCCAUGUACGACGUCCAGGCCGCGUCGCAGCAAGCCGGGGAAUCCUCCGAUUACUCGGAGCUUCCCCCUCUGGCGACGGCCAACGGCCCGAGAGACCACGUGAAGGAGGAGGAAGAGGAGGAGGAAGAGGAGAACACCUACAACUUCCCCAAACCCCGGCUGCCGACGGCCACGGCCCGCCGGACCCUUUCAGAACUGGCGGGGUGCUCGUCUUCCUCCUCUUCAUCAUCCUCGUCGAGCUCGUCCUCCACCGUCGCGUCCAGCCGCCUUUCUCUGGACUCGGACGCCGGAGCUGCAGCGCCCUUCUCGGAGCCGGCGGAGGCCCCGGAGAGACCUCCGAAGCCCCUCCCCCGGCGGAUCAACUCGGAGCACCGGCCCGGCCCCGACGCGGCCGACCCCCACAUCAGUUGCGAGAUCGAGCAGCUGCGUAGCGAGGGCUACUCCUCUCAGGACAUCCAGAAGGCGCUGCUCAUCGCGCAGAACAAUGUCGAGAUGGCCAAGAACAUCCUGCGCGAGUUCGUCUCCAUCCCCGCCGCGCCGCACGCCACAUAGCGCCUCGUAUCGUCUGCCCUCUAGCUUGGCCCGGUCGGGUUUAGGUUGGCACCGCCCGGCCCGCAGCACUACCUCCAGCGGGCCCGCGGUGACCCCACGGUGACCCCACGGUGACCCCACGGUGACCCCUGCACUCCACGCGCUUUCAAUAGUGUCCGGCCUCUCUUGAAACCGCCUCCGCAGCGGGCUUCUUUGGUUCUCGUGGACGUACUGAGCGCGUGCGGGGGGGGAAAAAAAACUAUUGACCGGGGAUGCCAAAUGGCACCGGAACCCUUCUUCUUCUUCUUCUUCUUCUUCUUCUUCUUCUUCGUAGGAAUCCCGGGAAGGACGGCUUGUUUAUUUCCCCUCGUUGAAAACCUCCGUCUGAAAACAUGUAAACCGACGCCUCGGAAAUAAAACGAAACAAAAAAAAAUGUAUGUCUAAUAUGAAAAUGUAAUAUAUGAGUAAAUAUAUAUUAAAUGUGUGUAAUAUAUACAGUACGUGUAUACAGUGUAAAAAAAAAAAAUCAACUUUUGAGGGUCGCUGUCGGUACAAGAGACAUCUUCUCGGGAGACGGGGACCAUUUUUUCUAGAUGGCGUUGACGUGGAGGAAUGAGCGUGAGGAAGAGUCGGGACGUCUUCCUCACCGGGAUGAAGAUGUGCAGCAGAGCUUUUUUUUUGCAUUUAUGGCCUUUGGAUUAACGAUCUUGUGUGUGUGUGUGUGUGUGUGUGUGUGUGUGUGUGUGUGUGUGUGUGUGUGUGUGUGUGUGUGUGUGUGUGUGUGUGUGUGUGUGUGUGUGUGUGUGUGUGUGUGUGUGUGUGUGUGUGUGUGUGUGUGUGUGUGUGUGUGUGUGUGUGUGUGACCUUCUCUUAAAUGAACCAUGACCCCCCCCCCCUCCUUGUUCCUGUACAACAUGAAUGUGGGACACUGGCUCCGCCUCCUGUGAGGGGACGAGCUAACGCUAACGGCCCUGCAGCACCACGCCGGUGCAUCACAUGACACGUCUUCGUCUCACGUCAUUGGCCGGCAGUCCCAGUGUUAUGAAACAACAACAAAAGAUGACUUUGAUUUACUUUGGUAAUAUUUUCUCGUAAUAUUCUCAUAUUGUUGUUAUAAUUAAUUCAGAAGUGCUUCACUGCUGCUACGAUUGUUAGAGCGAAACAAUUUAAGCCUUAAAUGUAUAUUUGUGUUUACCAGUCACCCCCGUUUCCUUAAAGUGACAGUACCACCUGCUAAUGAAACAUCCAUGAAGCCUGAAGCCCUCAAGUGUUCCACUUUAAAUAUACACAUAUGUAUGUAUAUAUAUAUUUAUGUAUAUGUGUAUAUAUAUAUACACACACACAUAUAUAUAUAUCUACAGGUAGACGAUGGAAACCAGACAUUUUCUAAUGGAUUCGGGCUCACCUUUCAUUCAUGUCUUUUCUCUCUCUCUCUCUUUUCUCCCACUAACCGGAAGUGCCCCCCCUCCCCUCCCCCAGUCUCUAUAAAAAUCAGUAUUUGGGCCAAAUGUAAAGCGCUAACUCAGGAAUAAUGUUCAUCUAAACAAGUAGCUGAACGUAUCCGCUUAAUGAAGUCUCACAAGUAGCCUAUUUAUUUUUGUUUUGUUGUCGCAUUACAACUUGCACAUUUUUUUAUUUUUUAUUUUUUUAUUUCCAAUGUUAACAGGACUUAAAACAGCAGCUUAAAUUUCCAGGUACUACAUUAAUACAGAUAAAGGAACUUUUGACUUGAACCUCUCCCAGUUAAUGAAGAAGAAUAUUUUUGAGGGGGAGGGGCUAAAUUGGCCGCAGCCAAUCAGAUUAUUCUGGGUAAACGCUGCCUUGUUGACCGGAAGCGAUCCUGUUCCGAGUUGCCUUGAGAAACGUAUUGAAUGCUGGGUAAAUGGGCGGGGCCGACCCCCCCCCCCCCCCUACCAGUGGGUGGAGGAGCGGUUGGUGUAGUUCUCUCUCUAUCCCGAUCUGUUGAUACUGUCACUCUAAAGAAAAGAAAAAAAGCCUAUUGUGCAAAGUUAGUAAAUGUGAAAAAAUAAAAGUCCGUUUCAUUUCAUUUUGCAUUACUGUAAAAGUAUUUUUGUUCCAAAGUAUUUUUGUUUACUUCUGUGGAAAAAAAAUUAAGCAGUGCCACAUUGUUUAAGAGUAAGACUUUGUUUGUGUUUUUUUUGGAGAGUGUGUUGGUCUUGUUGUGUACCUGGAGAUCUCAGAAGGCUCGAUGUGCAGUAAUGGCGUUGUAUUAAUAUGAAUCCGUCCUCCUCGUCAUCUUUUGAGACGGAGCGCUGAUCUGGGAACGGUCUCCUUCCCCUCGGCUCUUUUACCUGGAAGGUGAAGCAGGUCCCAGAUCAGCGCUCGGGCCUCAGGGAUGCUGCUCGGUGCUCCCCGCCUCGGCCCCCUGUGUUGGGCGCACUUCGGCGCUCUGCCACAAGAGGGCGCUGUGGCUCCACGUCGUGUCUCUUCGUCAGUACGAGGUAUUAACCUUUUGAUGGUUUUUAGAGCUCAUAUCAUGUUGGAAGUCUGCACAGUGCUGUUAAUAAAAUGAUAAGUAAAAGCUACCACGUGUCUUCCUCUACGUGCAUAUUUAAAUAUAUUUAUUUUAUUCCAGACUCACGAGUAUAAUUGUGUUUUGCUUUUAAAUGUAUUUUAUGGCAUAUAAUACUUUAUUAAACUUUUUUUAUUACUUGC